AGCAGUGGCUAUUAAGAAGCUCAUUCAACAUGAUGGGUGUUUGGCUUUCCUUAGGGGCUUUGUUGCUUGUCAUGCUGAGUGGAGAUAGUUACAGCUACUCUGUGAAGAGAGGUACGGACGUCUCCUCCAGCAGUGGUUACUUUAAAUCUCCUGCUGAUUCUGAUUGGGAAGUACCUUCGGCUGUGUUUGUGCCCGUGUCAUCUGAUUCUUGGGUUGUCCCAAAUUCAGGUCACCCUGAAAGUAGUGCUGCGAGUGGAUCAGCAGGCACCUCUUACAGCUCUGAUGCUUAUCCUGCGUCUGCAUACUUGGGACACCCACGUGACUCCCACGCAGACUCGACACAACCGAGUUUUCAGCUGGGCUUAAAUCACGACUUCAGCUGGGCAGUUAUGCCUCCCAGCCCUCAAUCUGACAAAUUUCCACUCUUCUAUGUGGGAGCACCAGACCCUCUUCCCCCUGUGUUCCAGAAAGGCGAACUGUCUCGUGUGGAGAGGGCCUUUGAGCAUGGCAACUCAGAAUCUGAAACUAAAAUGCAAGGCUUUGAGUCUUAUCCUGAUGCUGAAAGUUUCAAUGAGGACUUCAGUGACCCUCUGUCAUCAGACCUUGAUGGGUUUUGGUCUGAAAACCCUUUUUUGGGCUACAUGUUGCUUACUGGCAAGUAUCCCCCCAGGCACAGUCACUCACUACAGCUCCAGUUUUGAGCAGGGGGGUGAGCAAACGCAUGAUACGCACUACAUUAAGGGCCAACCUGCUGGCUCUGAUCCUGAUGACCUUACGCAGCCAAGCCAGUCUGUGCAACAGUAGCUGGCUACACUAGCUUGUGACGUGACUGGACGACACCAGGCCUCGCGGUGGAGGGUUCCCCCUCACAGCUAGGUUGAUUUGAGCGGCCGUGCCUGUACAUCUUAGCAGGCGGCUGCAGCCCUGCGGACACUCUGAAGGCCAACUUUAAUGUCGCCCAAUAAAGAUCUGAUUCACUAA